UCAUGAAAUUUAAUCUGGAAAUACAUUUCGGAAUGAUGAAAAAGUUAUUUUUUUUUACAUAACAGACAUAAAACAGAAUAAGGUUGACUACAGGUGACAUGAACAGGACACAGAGCUAAUAAAAAAGAUUAUUCUGACAAGUUUUGAUUUAAAAAUAAGAACUUUAAAGCUGUAUCAGUUAAAAUGUAGAGUUUAUGGUCACACAGUGGAGACAUAGAAAUUUUUAUCAUCAUAUCUCCUGAGGAUUAAAAAUUAUGAUUAUAAGCAAAUUAUAUGUAUGUAGAUAAUGAUGUUCCACCUGCAAUCGCAAUUGAUCUGAUAGAAACUUAAGACCUGAAAUCUGCUGUGAUGUUAGAUAGCAGCAAAAAAUUACUUUCUUACCCAGAUUUCAACAUAUUUGAACAAAUUAAGAGAAAACUUUUUUUUUUUUUAAGUUUUAUCACACGGAGACCCUUUUUGAUACAUUGGAAGAAGAAAAUAUCUUGUUGGAUAGUGUCAUCAGAGUGAACAUAAAUUAGUAAAGAAUUCCUCCCCUGUAUUCAGGGUUAGUAAAAAGUUUUUAUUGUUUCAACCCCCCUACUAACAAAAAGAAAACAAGUGUAAAGAAAGUCAAAAUGUAAUUUACUCUUAUGGGUUUGUGGACCGGGACUACAAUGAACUCACCAGCAGAGGGCUGUAAUGCAUCAAAAGUGGAAUUUUGUAUGUUUUGUAUCUAAAAUAUGUGCAUAUGUUUGUUCCAGUCUUACUUGUUUUAAAAUGUUUUAUGUUUUUUUUCUUUUUUCAGAGUGAAAAGAAUGCUGAGUCAAAGUGAGCACCAAGGUGUGUGCAAGCUGCUGUCAUUGGUGAUGUCUGAAACCGAAUCUCACACCUACAGAGAGGAGGACUACAGGUUCCUCCACAGCAUGCUGAUGGAGAAGAAAGUCCACCUGCUCUUCAAGAUCCACGAGAGGUUGAAGCGUUUUGAGAGGCAAAGCUGCAUCCCGGUUCUGGAGCAUGCAGCACGAAUGGCCUCAGACUUGGUGGAGGAGUUGGAAAACCAAAACAGCAGAGAUGAAGUCAAACAACUGUGUGCCCUCUUCGCCAAGCCACAUUUUAAGAACCUUCUGCAGGUCCAUGAUGCUGUCGCUCAGAAAGACUUUGAGCCGACUCUUGUUCCUGUACCUGAUGAUGCUCUGGAUGAAGAGGAGGAUUCAGUCAAAAUUGUCAGUCUGGUCAAAACCAAAGAGCCACUGGGGGCAACAAUCAAGAAAGACAAAUCCACAGGGGCAAUUGUUGUGGCAAGAAUCAUGAGAGGAGGUGCAGCUGACAAAAGUGGCCUGAUCCAUGAAGGAGAUGAGCUAAAGGAGGUGAACGGAGUUCCACUGGACUACAAGAAACCAAAAGAAGUUCUUCCUCUUCUGGCUCGCUCACAGAGUGAAAUAAAGUUCAAAAUUGUUCCUGGAUCUUUAACAGAGGGCCUACCAUCAGAUAAAAACAAGCUGUUUGUGCGAGCUCUGUUCGACUACAGCCCUCUGGAGGAUCCCGCUGUUCCAUGUAAAGAUGCCGCCAUGGCCUUUACAAGAGGUGAUGUCCUCCAGAUUGUAAACAUGGAUGAUGACACCUGGUGGCAGGCCCGCAGUGCAAGAAAUGAUAGCAGCCGGGCCGGGCUUAUUCCUUCAAAGCAACUGCAAGAGAGAAGAUUUAUGCUACAGCGACCCAAACCCUUGUUUAAACCUCAGCGACCUCGACCAGCAGUUUCAUCUUUUGAAGAAGGGCCAGAUUAUGCAGCGAUAACUGGGAUUCACAUUCCUGGUUUAAGAAGAAGUUUUCGACUGAGCAGAAAAAGCAGCAGGACCAAAAAUGCUUCCUGGUUCUGGAGAUGGAGCACAGAGGUGCAAGGUGUAAUCUGUCCACACACCUACAGAGAAGUUAUUCCUUACCUGAGAGAGGCAAAGGACAAACAGCGUCUGGUCAUCCUGGUUGGGCCCAGCGGCGUUGGCGUGAAUGAACUGAGGAGAAGGCUGGUCAUCUCUGACCCUGACCGCUAUGGCGUCAGCGUCCCCUACACGACACGAGAGAAGAAAGGACAGGAAAGGGAAGGAGUGGAUUAUCACUUUGUGUCAGUUCAUAAGUUUGAAGAAGAUAUUCUGAACCACAGGCUUAUAGAAUACGGCAGCUAUAAAGGUCACUACUAUGGAACCAGUCUAGAUUCAGUUCACAGAGUGAUGGUGACAGGCAAGAUGUGCCUCAUGGAUGUGCACCCCAGCAAACUAAAGUUCAUCGACACAUCUAAAUUCAAGCCAUAUAUAGUGUUUGUGAAGCCUCCAAGCAUUGAAGAACUGCGUCUCACCAGACGAAGAGUCAAGUUUCUAUGUGAUAAAGACGACCCAAACCAAGUCCGCACCUUUACAGAGGAGAACUUCCAAGACAUGAUUGACUUGGCUGAAACCAUGGAGAGCCAGUAUGGUCACCUGUUCGACAAGAUCAUCGUCAACGGAGAUGUUGCCACGGCGUUUAAAGAGCUGAGAGAAGAUCUCGAGAAGGUGGCAGAGCCUGGGGUCCAGUGGGUUCCUGCGGAGUGGAGUCGACCGAGUCUGAAAAAAACUCAAAGGAGCUGCGGUCAUCUGACUGGCCUCUUUUGAGCAGAGACUACCUCUGUAUUCAUCUUUUGUUUUUUAAAGUCCUACUGAUCAACACAUUCUCAUCCCCAAGUCGUCACAUACUGACGUUUGGAUAGGGACCCCUCCAAGUCACUUUUUGACGUUUUGAGUGUCACAAACUUGUGGUGGUUGUUCAUAAAAUUGAGGGUCCGAAACUCUCGGGAUGCAGUACUGGAUGUGGUACCAGACGCGGAUUGCUCCACGGGACGUGUCCAGUACCUGUACCCAAACUCAGUUCCAGUAUCCUAACCCUAACCCAGCACUGGAUUUGGUGCCAGAUGUGGUACCAGACGUGGUACAAGGCAUGAAACGGUACAAGGUUAGGGUACCAGUACUGGAUUAGGGUACCAGUGCAAGCCGCAUCCCGAUACUAGACCGGUUCCAGUUCACAGCCCAGAGUUUGGAGACCUGAUUUAAUGAGAACAGCCAGUUUGUUAAAAAACAACAAGUUUGGGACACCCAAAACGUCAAAAAGUG